GCGUCGGUGGCGGAGGGGGGCGUGGGCGCCGGCGCCAAGCGGCCCGGCUCGGUGUCCAGCACCGACCAGGAGCGCGAGCUGAAGGAGAAGCAGCGCAACGCCGAGGCCCUGGCCGAGCUGAGCGAGAGCCUGCGCAACCGCGCCGAGGAGUGGGCCAGCAAGCCCAAGAUGGUGCGCGAUACGCUGCUCACGCUGGCCGGCUGCACGCCCUACGAGGUGCGCUUCAAGAAGGACCACUCGCUGCUGGGCCGCGUCUUCGCCUUCGACGCCGUGUCCAAGCCCGGCAUGGACUACGAGCUGAAGCUGUUCAUCGAGUACCCCACCGGCUCGGGCAACGUGUACUCCAGCGCCUCCGGCGUGGCCAAGCAGAUGUACCAGGACUGCAUGAAGGACUUCGGCCGGGGCCUGUCCUCCGGCUUCAAGUACCUGGAGUACGAGAAGAAGCAUGGCUCGGGGGACUGGCGCCUGCUCGGCGACCUGCUGCCCGAGGCCGUGCGCU